UCAUCAGCACAAACAAUUAAUCACAUCACAAACCAUUAAAAAAUUAUCCUACAAAAAAACAUUAAAGUGAAAAACCCAAAACAGUGACAUAAUAAAAUAAUAAUGUGAUACAAAAAAAUGCCACAGACUCACUAACAAACAGACAUGGCGUCCAAGGGCCAACCGCCAGAGAUUAUCACUGACUUCGAAACCAUAGACUUGGAUAAAAAUUCUGAAGACAAUGGCAAGAACGGGCAACUUAUGGGCAAGAAUGGGCACUAUGAAGACAAUGGCAAGAACGGGCAACUUAUGGUCAAGAAUGGGCAAUACGAGGGCAAUUGCCUCGGAGUACCACGGACGGGGCACAGGCCGUCUAUCAUGGAGGUGGAAUGCGCAAAGGAACGAAUGAGGCUAGCUCUUUUGAAGCAAUGUUCAGCUAUAUUGAAGCAAGGAGACCAGAAGUAUACGAAGGAAAGCUUGCAUAGGACCUUUCAGGAUGAGGAUCUGUUGGAGCGAAUAUUUCGACUGUUCGACGCGGAUGCAACGAAUCACUUAGUGCAAGAUGACUGGCUCGAAUACUUGAAGGAAAGGCUCACAGAUGACAAGCAGAUAGACUUCGUGGAGCAAGUGGAAAGCGUAGCUUAUGUAUUAUGUGGCAAUGGAGUAAUAACAUUGGACACAUUUCAAAUCAUCUUGAAAAAUAAAGUUGUGACGAACAAGUUAUUCAAAGUAGUGGACACGGAUGGUGAUGGGUAUGCGACUGCUGACGAAAUCAUGGAGUUCUUGUCUACAGUUACCAGUAGCAGACCGCGAGUAGGCUUCGACAAGCACAGCGUGGACCGACUCGAGGAGUUGUUCCGUCAGACGGUCGGCAAUGAGAAGGAGAUCACCAGGGAACAGUUCCAGAAGAUUGUCGUCUCUAAGAACCCGUUCUUCACGGAGCGCGUGUUCCAAAUCUUCGACGAGGAUGACUCGGGCGCCAUCUCGCUGCACGAGUUCAUCGCCGCCGUGCAUCGCUUCGCAGGACAGACGCCGGAGGACAAGAUACGGUUCCUGUUCAAGGUUUAUGAUUUGGAUGGUGAUGGCCUCAUCCAGCACCGUGAACUCCAGCACGUGAUGCGCGCCUGCAUGGAGGAGAACGGCAUGCAGUUCAGCGACUCCCAACUCCUCGACCUCACCACUGCCAUGUUCGAGGACGCUGACACGGAGAAACGAGGAGCCAUCACUUAUGAGGCGCUGAAGAAGCAGCUGGAGAAUCAUGAGGGGUUACUGGAGAAUUUGUCGAUAAGCAUAGACCGCUGGCUGGUCCCUCCGAAGCAAGACCCUCGUCCGCUCUCCUUCCACCAGCGUCUCCGCAAGCUGAAGCCCUACCAGCUGUCUCUCCCGUACCUGCGGAACAACUACGUGUUCCUCACGUACCUGGCACUCUUCACUGUUGUCAAUGUGGGGCUGUUCCUCGCGAGGUGUGUGGAGUAUAGGAACGCUAAUGGGUUCGUCAUCUUCGCUAGGGCUUGUGGUCAAUGCCUAAACUUCACGUGCGCCUGGGUGCUGGUCCUGAUGCUGCGGCAGUGCAUCACGGAGCUCCGCGUGCGAGGGUGCAGCUCCGUGCUGCCGCUAGACCAGCACAUCUACCUGCACAAGCUGACUGGAGUGCUCAUUGUGCUGUAUAGCGCCGUGCAUACGCUCAUGCAUCUGUGUAACUUUAGUCUAAUAGUAAUCCACGACCCAGUCCUGAACAAGAACAACUACACGCUGUCGGACUGGCUGCUGACGCAGAAACCAGGUCUGUUCGGGCUGGUGGCGGGCUGUGCCAACCCCACCGGCGUCGCCUUAGCCGUCAUACUGCUCGUCAUGUUCGUGUGCAGCCAGCCUUUCAUCAGACGAGGGGGGAGCUUUGAGGUAUUCUACUGGACGCACCUCCUAUACGUGCCAUUCUGGAUCCUGCUGCUGCUGCACGCGCCCAACUUCUGGAAGUGGUUCGUGCUGCCCGGCACUGUCUACCUCUCCGAGAGGAUUAUGAGACUCGCAUGGAUGAGAACGGAACGCGGCAAGACCUACAUAUCGUCAGGCAUCUUACUCCCAUCCCGCGUGACGCACCUGGUGGUGAAGCGUCCCCCGCUGUUCCACUUCCACGCGGGAGACUACGUGUUCGUCAACAUCCCCAACAUCGCGACGUACGAGUGGCACCCCUUCACCAUCAGUAGCGCUCCUGAGCAGGAGGAUUACCUCUGGCUGCACAUUCGCGGUGUAGGUCAGUGGACCAACCGCCUGUAUUCCUACUUCGAGCGCGAACAGGCGAGACUGCAUGCAGGAGAAGUACCUGCUAUAGAGAAUGGGCAUGAAAAGCUCGCUCGCUCCAUAUCAAGUCAGAGUAAGAAGAGCCGCAAGGGAUCCAUCGCGAGCACCAACAAGCGCUCAGUGGACUUCUCUCCCAAGUGCUUCACUAACGACGCCUUUGUCGGGGAUGAGAAUGGCGAUGUUAAGCUUAAUGAAGCUCCAUCCCCAACAAAGAUAAGAUACGCGCCCUCACUGCUGGCUCCACCUCGCACGCUGGAGAAGUCGCGCUCGAUGCCCGACGUACAGAAGAAUGUCAAGAAACGACAGCGGCUUAUGGCUCUUCGCGACUUCAUGCGCUCCGAAUCAGAGAGCAAGCUGAACGAGGAAGCAUUAGUAUCAGCUCGCAAAUCCUUCGGGCUGGCCAGCAAGAUCCCGCAGAACAAGUCCUUGGUGCACAGCUUCAGAUACAUGAGGACUAAGCCGACUAUCAUCGCUUUCAAGACGCCCAGCUUUGAAGAGAGGAGGAGGAGCAAUGAUAGUAUUUUGACAAUUGCACGUCGUCGCCUAUCAAAGAGCUUAUCUCCGGACCGCGACGUGGAGUGUCAGCCGACGUCAGUUGACGAUAACGACGGAUCCGAAGCCACUGACGACUUCGAACUCAACUAUCCUAUUGGGAAACCUUUGGAGAUCUACCUAGACGGUCCGUACGGCGCAGCAUCAUCCCAUAUCUUCCUCGCCCAGCACGCUGCCCUGGUGGCGGCCGGCAUCGGCGUGACUCCCUUCGCGUCCAUCCUGCAGGCGCUGGCGAGGAGACACAGCGCUGCCCGGCACACCUGUCCCAAGUGCGGACAUGACUGGCCUGCUGACAUGCCCAGACAUGGCAUGAACUUGAAAAAGGUGGACUUCUUCUGGAUAAACCGCGAGCAGCGUUCGUUCGAGUGGUUCGUGUCUCUGCUCUCGCAGUUGGAGAUGGAGCAGGCGGAGCGAGGAGACAGCGAGCGGUUCCUCACGAUGCACAUGUACAUCACCAGCGCGCUGCAGAAGUGCGACAUGAAGGCGGUGGGGCUGCAGCUGGCGCUGGACUUGCUGCAUGAGAAGGAAAAACGCGACCUAAUAACCGGCCUAAAGACCCGCACGAACGCCGGCCGCCCCAACUGGGACAAAGUGUUCAAGCAGCUACAAGAGCAGAACAAGGGCAAGGUGACGGUGUUCUACUGCGGGCCGCCGCAGCUCGCGCGAGUGCUGCGCCUCAAGUGCGACCAGUUCGGCUUCGGCUUCAGGAAGGAGGUGUUCUAGUACCGGAGACGAGAGAAAAAGAGCACAAAAAUAUAGUAGAUUAUAGGUAGAGUGUGGUCCUAGAUUGCUAACACCCAGUUUGACCAAGGGACACAGUGUUCAAGCAACUACAAGAGCAGAACAAGGGCAAGGUGACCGUGUGUGGCUUCAGGAAGGAGGUGUUCUAGUACUGGAGAAGAGGGAAAAUACCACUCAAAUUAAAAAAAAAAACAAAUGUGAUGCCGAAUUUAAGCACGGAUGGCCGGCGAACCGGGUCUAAACGAAACAGUUAAGUCAUAAUUGUGAUUCUGUUUUGUGUAAAAAUAAUUUUGGGAAAAGAUUUAGUUGAAUUAAAAAAUAUUUAAAAGAAUGACUAUUUUAUCAAAAUCGUUGAAGGGGUUUGUAAUACGUGAAAUACUACAGAGCUCAUCAUCCUCCGAGCCUUUUCCCAACUAUGUUGGGGUCGGCUUCCAGUCUAACCGGAUUCAGCUGAGUACCAGUGCUUUACAAGAAGCGACUGCCUAUCUGACCUCCUCAACCCAGUUACCCGGGCAACCCGAUACCCCUUGGUUAGACUGGUGUCAGACUUACUGGCUUCUGACUACCCGUAACGACUGCCAAGGAUGUUCAUUGACAGCCGGGACCUACUGUUUAACGUGCCAUCCGAAACACAGUCAUUGGUGUCUAAGAUAUACUUAGAAAGUACAUACAAACUUAGAAAAGUUGCAUUGGUACCUGCCUGACCUGGAAUCGAACCCGCGCCCUCAUACUCGAGAGGUUGGUUCUUUGCCCACUAGGCCACCACGACUUUUUAAAUACUACAGAGCUCAACUAAGCUGAAAUGGCACAUCCCACCACCGGAUUUUGGGCUCAUUUCAUUUAUAGUUUUUCGUUCUUUCAGGUGUAAAUGCGUAGGUGGGGCGUCAUUUCAGCUUACACAAGAUCGUCGAUAAUAUAGCUGUACUUUAAAACUAAUUGCUCGUUUAAUUAUUAUAGGCUUAUAAAGAUAUUGUAUAUUAUGACAUAGUAUAUUAUGCAGUUUGUAGUAAUUAGAGGAAAAAGCGGCCAUUUAUAAAACACUCUUAUUUUUCUUGCCUCUAACAUAAGUAAUGUGUAUUAUCAAUAUUAUCAAGUGUAAAUUGUACGAUAUUUAUGUAAUGCUAUUUCUUAGGUUUAGUGUUAAGUUUUAAAUAUUUAAUUUAUUUGUGUAUGCUGUUUUUGAUAAUUUUAUAUUGACUCAUUGAUAAUUUUAUUUGUUACCAUUUACCUUUUCAUAUCUGUGACCUUCUUGUUACCAUUCCAACCAAUGACGAGUCAGAGUUAGAAUUUAGUUAAUAAUAUGCCAUAUUUUUAUGUAAUUGCAAAUCUUUUAUUUACUUAUUGUUACCUACAGCAUAAUAAUUUCAUACUUUAGGGACCAGUUCAUUUAAUAAUUUAAAGAUUUUCAAUUAUUUUGGACCUUUCUAGAUUUAAUUAUUGUGCUUGUUCAACAUGCCGUUACCACAACCGUGCCACUUUAAUUCCAAGACAAUAAGUACUUUAGGAUUUAUAUCAAGUAAAUAUGAUGGAUACAUAAAUAUAAUUAGAUAAGAAUAGACGAUAGUUACCACUUUGAGUCCUUGUUUUGAAUUUUUUAAAUGUUAAUUCCAAUAAAAUUAUGA